CUUGUCUAUGUAUUUACGCAACCGGACGCAAGCAACCUAGAUACUUAUUCGGGACAGUAAACUACAACUGUAUAAGUAAUACGUUGCCCACACCAGUAUCCUGUAACAAGUAGGCAGCAGAAUAUGAUCAGCCGGACAGCUGUGAACUUCUGUGGCGAUCACACUCUUCAUUUAUCACUAUAAAAGCUAGAAGUUGACGAUUUCCAAAGCUCAUUGGAUUUCACACCAUUCGCAGUGAAAGUUCUCCUAACGCGGACGAUGAAAUUCGUUUUCAUUUUGCUCCUGUUUUUUUCCUCUUGGGAUCCUUUCUUCUGUGUAACAGAUGAUUUGUUCAAGUUUCGUGUAGUUUGCACCGUCUCCGACGAUACAGUUCCACUUCAAGAUACAGAGCCAGAAGACGUACUCCUGGAUGAAGUGUGUAGCGACGUACUUUAUAGGAUCUCUUCUAAGACGCGGAAUUCCUAUCGGCGGAAUUCGUUAAACUCCUCAGAUCCUGUAUCCAGAUUCCGUCAACGCCAUCCCAAGUUGCCAUUGCAAAUAUCUAUCCAUGAUUUCUUAUUGGAGGAUACACCGUCUGCAGGAGCCACAUCGUUAAUUACUUUUUUAAAGAAGAUCAAUGCCAGCGGCCUCGAUGUCAUCGUAAACCCUAAAACUAAUCUAGCAGUUCUAUCACAAUUACUGUCCAACUAUCAACAAAGCAUGUCUGACAACUCUCUUGGCAUAAGUGUCACUAUCGAUAGCCGCUUGGACAUCAGUUCAAUAAUCGAACAUGGCAUAGAUGGCCUAGUUGAUAGUCUGUUCUUUGUUCCGAGUAACCUAGCGAACAAAGAUCACGAAGAAUUUAACUUGACUACCAUAAAUGCCUUACCAAAAAACAAACUGGUGAUGGGAUUGCCAUCGGUCGUGUUCAAGAUUCCUCAUUCACAAGAUCACUCUAGCAUCCCCUCUUUUACAGAACUCUGUCAGAGUUCAAAUCUAAAGCAAUGGAAACCAAAAAUCAAAGAUGAUGAUCAAGUUAUCUGGAGUCACCCUGAGAAACAGUGGAAGUUCAGUAUGAAAAUGGGACGUGCCGUAAUCAAACAAUUGAGCAAAAUUCAUAAUAAAAGCUUACGCACUGGCAUUUUGUUAUUUGAUGUACCAUUUCGGCUGGAACGCAAUCCGAUUUGUUUCAGACACAGAAGCCUUUUUAUAGAUUCUCUACGUCAAGCGGCCAGGACGCUGGGCUAUGCAACAGGAGGACAACGCGUGAAACGAGCCCAAGAAGAGGCAAUAGCUUCUGCUGCUAGACCUGGAAUGAAACUGACGGGGAAAGCCAGUCGAUUAGGCAAAAUCCUCAUCUUUGCAGUUGGAGAUGAAGACGAACAAUUUAGAAAAUAUUACAGCGUCCAUGACGAAGAUACAUUCCUCGACAGUCCUGUUGAUAACGUCGUGCUGGGAUACGACGAUAGCGGCAAAAUUUAUGAUAUUUACCAACAGAUGCCCCGUGAACUCAGUCAACAAUCCAUUUUCAAUACCAUUCAUCAAUACUUUGUGGACAAAGUUUUAGGAGGUGGUGGUGGAAAAAUUUUUGGCACUGUUCAGGUCCAUCCACCAAAUAUUCUCGUCUAUCCAGAUGCGUUUGCAAAACAUCCGGUUCCAAUACUGGUUACCUGGGUUCGAGUCGCCAGUCCGAUUGUACGACUGCUACCGCGUAAAACACGGAAACAAUCUUCGACAUCCACCACGUCCACUACAUCCAUGCCAAGCACGAUAACCCGAAUGUGCGACAGUAACCAACGUUGUUUCAUUCCGCCGAGCCUGAUGGAAAUGUUAGAUUUGAGAUCUCCUCCACGUACAACAAAAACCACGAGGAAAUCAACCACAAUGCGUCAAACUACUAAAAAACCAUUAGUGCCUGUAAAUCCUCAAGCUAGGUUCGGUAACCUGACAAAUGCAAGUGUUGAAUCAACAGAAGGAGCGACUCUUGAAACGACGACACCUUCACCUCAAGCAUUGGACUUAACAACCUUGCCGCUAGCUAACAGCGAAGAGCCGAAACGAGGUAGAAUGUCUUACUCAUCCGAACAGCACAUCCUCUGCAAUCGGAAAUCCGCAAAUUCUUAUUUGUUUUGUAAGACUCGGAACUGAAACGGUCCAGGGCUGGAAUUCAACUUGCAAGGUUAAAACUUUACCAAUUUUUCUGAUUAACGAUGUUGUACACAGUAAUAGAUAACUUUCUCAAUAGGCCGUAGUCAAAUCAAGGGAAUAUAUAGCUACACAGGGAUACUGCGAUAUCGUAUAGAACGUAGACCAUCUAAUUCUUUUUUGGUUAAAGCAAUUGGUGACGUAGAUGUUUGUGAUGGCAAAAUUGUAAACUGCUCGAAAAUGUUCCCAAGUGGGAAAUUGAAAAUACAAAGUUUUAAACUAAA